GGUCUCUCCCCUACCUCGCUGAAUUAGAUCUGGCAGGAUUAAGAGUUUGCAUUUGGUUACAACUCUCAAGCCCUCGUUAGAGCGCUUGGAGGGAGAGAGAGAGAGCCAUACACACAUCAGACAAGACUAAGAACAUGCUCCCCCUGCUCCUCCUGUGGGGGUCUCUCCUCUUUGGAGUGGUCAGUUCCAGCCCAACCCCAAGGACGCUCUUUGGGGAGAUCACAUCCCCCAAUUACCCCAAGCCAUACCCCAACAACAACAUCAGCACCUGGGACAUUACAGUCCCAAAGGGCUUUGUGGUGAAGCUGAACUUCUGGCAGUUCGACCUGCAGCCAUCUGAGUCCUGCCUCUUUGACUACGUCAAGAUCACAGCAGAUAAGAAGGGCCUGGGCCAGUACUGUGGCCAGCUAGGCUCAGCCACAGGCAACCACCCGGGUGUCAGGGACUUUGUGUCCAAAGGGAACCAGAUGAGGCUGAUGUUCCACUCUGACUUCUCCAACGAAGAGAACGGCACCCUUAUCCCCUACAAGGGCUUCCUGGCCUAUUACCAAGCUGUGGAAAUCCGGUGCCCACAGCCUGUGCCAAGGGACCAGUUCACCCUCAUCAAAGACCUGCAGCCGCUGUACCGAAUUCGUGACUACUUCUACGUCAGCUGCCAGACUGGGUAUGAACUGAUGGAGGGUGACCAGAAGUUGGCAUCUUUCAGUGCUGUCUGCCAGGAUGAUGGGACUUGGCACCGACCCAUGCCCCGGUGUGAAAUUGUGAGCUGUGGUGACCCCAAAAAUCUCACCAACGGGGCCUUCAGUUAUGUUAGCGAACACGGGAACAACUACUACCAGUCAGUGAUCACCUACCGAUGCGAGGAGCCUUAUUACCGCAUAGGCACCAACAGCGGGAGCGAUACAUACAACUGCUCCGCUCAGGGCUCCUGGGCAGACCAAGACGGCCAUGAGGACAUCCCCGUGUGUUUACCAGUGAUUUAUCAGUGUUCAGCCAGCGGGAAAUGGGUGAGCGAAGAGAUGGGAACAGAGCUUCCAGCGUGUGUCCCAGUCUGUGGGAUCCCCAGUACACCCAUCCAGGAGCAGCAGAGGAUUUUUGGGGGCACCCGUGCUAAGCCAGGCAACUUCCCCUGGCAGGUCUUAUUCCAAAACCCACGGGGAGGUGGGGUACUUAUUUCGGACCUCUGGGUGCUGACUGCAGCUCAAGUGCUGGAUGAUUCAAAUAGCAAGCCCACAAUGUAUGCUGGGGUGACCAACAUUAACCAACAACUCCAGAGGGAGGAGCCCAUACAGCUGUUUGAAGAAGAAGUGUUCAUUCACCCUAACUGGACAAAGGUGGUAAACCCAGAAGCUCGGACAAAUUUUGAUAAUGACAUUGCACUGCUGAGGCUGACGGCGCCUGUGAAGAUGGGCCCCAAGAUCUCACCACUCUGCCUCCCUGGUGGUUCCCCUGAAUAUGAGCUGGAGAAAGGCAGACUGGGCUACAUAUCUGGCUGGGGCCGGACAGAGGACCGAAACAGAGUUUACCAUCUCAUGAAGGCACAGAUCCCUGUGGUGGACAUGGCACAAUGCCGUAGUGUUAAGCCGAAGCCACCUGCUGAUCCCACCACUUUCCAAUUCACUGACAACAUGGUCUGUGCUGGAGAUGGCACAAAGGACAGCUGUUCCGGGGACAGUGGCGGAGCCUAUGCCAUCAAAGACCCCCACAAUGACAGACAGUACUACGUGGGUGGCCUGGUCUCCUGGGGACCACGGUGUGGCACAUAUGGCCUUUACACCAGAGUGGGGCGCUACCGGGACUGGAUCUUGGGGACCAUGAGCCGAUACAAGGCGGCAGAGGGAUCACACAGAUAGAUCCUUCUCACCCGAGGGCACUGCCAUCUCACCAGGUGUUGAGGUCACAUGUCCCAGCAGAUUGGCUGCCCUUUGAUCCCAUCUACUCUUUAUGCAACAGCCCAACUGCAUUGUGGCUGUGCCAGACUAGGGAGUCAGAAACAGUGGGUUAUCUAUUCCAUUGUAACUA